CAAAAAUUACAACGUUUCUCUGGCUCCGCAAACCCUAAACCCCCAAAAUCGCCGAUUUCAAAUUCCACAAGAUUCAAAGAGAAAGUUACUUAAUCCUCAAAUCUCCUCUAUAUUCCUCUUCACGAUGAGUCUCGCCGUCGAUUCUCCGAUUACCGACUCAUCCGCCAGCAGCGAUCCCGUCGAUGACUUCGCCGGCUUUCUCGACGAAGUACUCGAUUCCGAUUCCGACGAUGACGUGGCAAGUUUGCAGAGCACAAAACGGCGUAAGGUGGAGGUGAAUAGUAAUGGGUCGUCUUCAAUUUCGAGCUCGGAAGUCUUGGAAGUAGAGAAGAAUGGUUCUUUGUGUGAACAUCUGGCUGGUUCUUACAAAGAUAUGUGCUUGAUUUGUGGGCAAAGGUUGGAUCAGAAUGAGAAUGAGAAAUCCGAGUUGGAGGAGUUGAGGGUUAACAGUGUUCGUGAAAUUGACCCAGGAAAACGAAAUUCAAAGACUAGGGAGUUGCUGCUAGGACACAAGAAACUUCAUUUGGUGCUUGAUCUGGAUCACACAUUGCUCAAUACUACUGCGGUGGGGUACUUGACGCCGCAGGAACGGUACUUGUUAGAGGGAGAUCACUCUCUGGAAGAUGUUUUUGUGGUGCGAAAUUCGCCUGUGGAUUUGGUGACCAAGUUGAGGCCGUUUGUUGGGACGUUUUUGAAGGAGGCCAGUGAGAUGUUUGAGAUGUCUGUGUACACAAUGGGGGAUCGACCCUAUGCGCAGCAGAUGGUUAAGCUGCUGGAUCCUCGAAAUGAGUACUUUGGUGAUAGAGUUGUAUCGAGAGAUGAUAGCACCAGGAAAUUCGAAAAGAAUUUGGAUGUUGUGUGUGCUAAAGAGAGUGCUGUUUUGGUGCUUGAUGAUACACAGCAAGUGUGGAUAAAGCAGAAUCAGGACAAUGUGGUACUAAUGCGGAGGUAUCUGUUCUUUAGGAACAGUUAUGACUCUUUUGGCUUCAAGUAUUGUAUGUCUCAUUCGGAGUUGAAGACUGAUGAAAGUGAUGAGCAGACUCAAGGAGCUUAUCUAGCAGCUAUUCUUCAGCUUCUUAAGCUUAUCCACAGCAUGUUCUUCGAUGAUAAAGUGGCUGCGCGGGACAAUCUAAUUGAUAGAGAUGUGAGGCAAGUGUUAAAAAGUGUUAGGAGUCAAGUCUUGAAAGGGUGUAAAAUCGCCUUCGGCUGUGUUUUGGCAUCAGAAGCCCAAGCUGAUUUGUGGAACAUGGCAGAAAAGUUGGGAGCAGUUUGUUCCACACAAGUAAUGGAUCCAUCAGUCACACAUGUGAUCGAAACAGAUGCGGAAACAGAAAAUUCUCAAUGGGCAGUGAAAGACAGCAAGUUUCUGGUCCAUCCACAGUGGAUUCAGGCUGCAAGUUUUAUGUGGCAAAAGCAACCUGAAGACAUGUUCUCUAUAUCAUAGGAUUAAAAAGCGGAAAAUUAUGUAGACAUCUGAUUUGCAACAUUGAACUGUUCUUUGACUUGACACAGUUGAGUACACAAGUCAGUUUCCUAUUAGGACAGGGGAUAAUAUUCAUGUCCUAUUCUUUGAUUUCCAAAAACAAAUAGGAAACUAUUCAAUUCACCCUUUGGAAUCUUACGGUCGAUCUAUAUAAAGGCAUAAGUUAAGAGUAGGAUGAUCUCUCUAUCAACGAAUCCAAACCCCUUUCUCUUUUGUAGUUGGCUAGAAGUGGUUGAUGAGUUCUCCACUGUCCUCCAAUACAUGACAAUUCUGGUCAUG